UAAUCGUUCGCACAUCUCCCUCCAAAUCUUCAUAUACACUCCCAUUCUCCCCCCCAUCCAUUUCCCUAUCUAAGUUCCGUAAACAAACACAAAGCUCAAAAAUGGCCUCAAAAGCCCUCCUCCUCAUCCUUCUGAACAUUCUCUUCUUCACCCUAGUCAGCUCCACUAACGUCCCGUGCCCCCCAUCGGCCCCAAAGCCGCACCCUCCCGCCCCAAAGCCACACCCUCCCACCCCGAAGCCGCACAAGGCCACCUGCCCCAAGGACACCCUCAAGCUCGGCGUCUGCGCCAACCUGCUUAACGACCUGAUCCACCUCGUCGUAGGGACCCCACCCAAGACCCCUUGCUGCACCCUCAUCAAGGGACUGGCCGACCUUGAGGCAGCCGUCUGCCUCUGCACUGCCAUCAAGGCCAACAUCUUGGGGAUCAACUUGAACAUUCCCGUCUCGUUGAGCCUCCUGCUCAACUACUGCGGCAAGAAGGUCCCGACCGGGUUCCAAUGUGCCUAAGUCGUCCUUGAUUAGCAUUUAACAAACUCUUUGCCUUCAUAUAUUACAUUUAUGUAUUUUUAUGUUAAAUUAUAAUUCGAAGAAAAAGAAUAAAUGUGAAAGGGAAGGCUCCUCGCCAGUCCUACGUUCUGAUCGUGCGUUUUCUGUAUUAAAGUACGUAAGUUUUAUGUAUCUGUUUGUUUGAGAGCAUGGAUGUCAAAGGAAUUGUAGAAUAAAGUGAUUUGUCUUUAAUGGUACAUGGUACGUGAGAAUUUGUGUUUUAUUAAAGUCAUUUUUUUUUGUGA